CAAAAUCCAACUAAACCCUAUGGGGAAGAGUGAGAAAGCGAAAAAUGUGUGACAUGAAGGCCAUGGUACAAGUUAUGUCGCUUUCGUCGUCGUCUCAGUCGCCAAAGUCGUCGUUGUUAUUUUUCAACAAUUCGCAGUCCGGAAAAUAUCGUUUUUAGAGAUAAUCGAUAAAAUAGAAUUAUAAUUGAACUUUUCAAUAAAAAAAAUUAGGCAAAAAAAGAUAAACAAAUUCUUUUUCAAAUAAAAAAAAAAAACAAAGAAAGAAAGAUUAAAAACAAAACAAUCUUUAACUUUUUCAAUUAAUCCGUAAGAUAUUUAACUUCAACCGAAUUUUGUGUGCUUUUGACAGUGACGUUUUUUCUCAUAUUUUUCCAAACCAUAUGCAAAAGUGUGCUUGAAGUUUAUAGUAACUCUCCUUCCCCUCUCUUCUCUUUUUCACUCUCUUCCUCAUCUCUUCUCUUUGCCCUUUAAAUCUGAUACUUUUCUAUCGAAUUUUCCUGUCAGUUUUCAAUGCGAAGUUGUUGUUUUCCUCGAAUAUCCUGCAAAACACACAACAACAACAAAAAAGUUUGGUGAAAAUCUUUUAAGAAAAAGGAAAGAGUGAUAAAGGUGCGACGACAUGACAGUGAAAAAAAGUUUCAAAGUGCAUUAUUUCUGAACCCGACCCUGAGAUAAAUCGAAAUUUUACUUGCAUUUUCGUUUAUCAAAUGAAACAUCCCUUAAACCUUUUUCCCUCUUUAUCCAAAUUUGUAUAAAUCCAAAUAACUUUAGAGGAUACGAAGUGAUUUUUUAAUUCUUUAUUUACCUAAUUUAUCGAUUUUUGAAAACACAGUCUUUAACAAGUGGUUUUGAAAAAAAUAAAAAAAAAAAUUAAAACAUAAAUCAAAAGAUUAGCCCCUCUCAGAGAAGAGGACAACACUAUAAAUAUAUGUGAAUUGCAUGAUUGUGUGUGGCUUCGUUGACAAAAGCAACAACAACAACAAAAGAGAAAAAAAAGUUUAAUAAAAAUCCGAAAGAUCGUUUCGCUGACAAAAAAAGUCUCUCCUCAUUAAGAGAUCGCGAAUUAUAAGAAAUAAAAAAAAAUCCGAAGGAUAUUAUCGGAUUCCUGCGUUACAUUUUUACAGAUACAUAAUAUACAAAAAAAAAACUGCGAAACGCGAAAUAAAAAAAAAACCGCAUACCACAAAAGAUAACACAAGUCAAGUAACAACAACCACCAGCAACAACAACAACUUGCUGCUUCAGGCAUCAGAAUCUACUACACGAGACAACCCAAAAAACAACAACAACAAAUUAAUGCAAAUAAAUCAGAACAAACCUUUAUAAACCAGUUAUGAUGGAUCAAUAUUUUUAAUAAAAAAAAAGAUUCUUGGCCAUUAUCCAAUUGCAACGGAAAAUUAAGUGAAAAAGACGCGUGACGCUACGUUGCCAAUAAAAAUUGUUUGCAUGAUGAAACCGCCGCAUCACUGGACGACACAAGAGCAAAGCGAAUUUUAUUCAUCAUCAGCCGCUACUGAGGAUAUGCUGGGAUAAGAAAUUCUUGUGGAUCCAUCCACUUAACUUCUUUGGACCAAAUAUCCAAUUUAUUAUACAAAAAAAGUGUUAUAAAGGACUGUUGAUUUAAAAUAAAGGGUGAAAAACUCCUUGGGAACAGAGAAAAACAGCAGCAAAAAUAUAUAAUAUCCUGCAACCCGCCAACAGUAAAAGCCGUCCAAAAAGAAUCGUUGUUUUUAGUUUUUUUUUUUUCUUCUUAUUAUUAUUAUUUCAUCCAUCAAAACACCCACACUCUCACUGAUACUUAAAAGAAGACGAAUAAUAAUUUAUUGACUGCAAAAUAAUAAAAAGGAAACAGGACGAACAAAAAAAGACAAAAACAACAAAGUGAAAGAAAAAAAAAAACAUCACCAUCAAGCUGUUUUAUUAUCCUUGUUUGUUGUUUACAUCAAAAUUUUUACGCAAACAAGUUGAAGGAGUCUCGACAAAAAGAUAAAAAACAAAAACACACAUACACAGUGAGAGAGAUAUUCAAGUAAACUAGCUAUUUGUUCAUUGGAUAAUAAUCAAUCAGGAUAAUGAUUCCAUAGAUGCCAUAAACAGAAGUCAGCGAGAGAGAGAGAGAGUGAAAGGACCUUUAUUUUUGUGUCAUCAUAUUUUUUCACUUGAGGAAUUUUGUUACACAAAAGUACAGUUAAACAAGGCUCAACUGGUGGUUGCUUUUGUACUGUGGGGGACCAUUGGUUUUUUUAUUUAUUUUUUAUUUUUUUAAAUUUUUGAUUUAAAAACAAAAAAAAACCUGAUUGUUAUUGUUUUGGAUACAAAUUUUCAAAACUAAAUUUAUUUGUGGAGUUCGUCGUAUAAUAUACCAAAAUCAUCAUUAACAUACUGUUGUGUCAAGUGCAAUAAAAAUUUACUGUCAAAAUUGCGGCCAUGGGUAGAAAAAAAAUUCAAAUUUCCCGGAUCACGGAUGAACGGAAUAGACAGGUGACAUUUAACAAGCGUAAAUUUGGUGUGAUGAAGAAGGCCUACGAAUUAUCGGUGCUGUGUGAUUGUGAAAUUGCAUUGAUUAUAUUCUCAUCUAGCAAUAAAUUAUAUCAAUAUGCUAGCACAGAUAUGGAUAAAGUUUUGCUGAAAUACACCGAAUACAAUGAACCACAUGAAUCGCUGACAAACAAAAAUAUAAUAGAGAAGGAAAAUAAGAAUGGAGUCAUGUCACCCGAUUCACCGGAACAGGAAACCGAUUACACCUUGACACCACGGACCGAAGCCAAAUACAAUAAAAUCGAAGAGGACUUUCAAAUGGUAAUGCAACGCACCCAGAUGACUGGAGGAGCUAGAAAUAUGACAAAUCCGAAUUACACAUUGCCAGUUUCGAUGCCAGUUGGUGAUAGUUAUGGCGGUGCAAUGCUGCAGGCCAGCCCCCAAAUGUCGCACACAAAUAUCAGCCCUAGACCAUCGAGUUCGGAAACGGAUUCAGGUGGGAUGUCAUUAAUAAUAUAUCCAUCUGCAUCAAUGCUGGAGAUGUCCAAUGGUUAUCCUCAUUCGCAUUCACCACUUGGUGGAUCCCCAAGUCCGGGGCCAAGUCCUGGCAUAGGUGGGCAAAAUAAUAAUAAAUCAUCUCAUCACAUAUCACAUAAACAACAAUCACCGGGUGGACAAAAUGGCCGAGCUUCCAAUUUACGUGUAGUCAUACCAACGCCAACUAUCGCUCCAAAUAUGUCUAAUCAAGAUGAUAUUGGCUAUUCAGACGUGAGUUCACAAUCUCAAUCACAAUCACAACAACAGUUCCAAUCAGACACAUUAAAAAAUACAUUUCUCAUACAUCAUCAGCAACGGCAUAAUCAGACAUCACUCAAUACGCCGGUGGUAACAUUACAAACACCAAUACCAGCCCUCACUAGUUAUUCGUUUCCGCAAGAUUUUUCAAUGAGUUCCUCGGACGUGAUGAGCCUGUCAUCGUGGACCACCCAUCAGGGUUUAGUACAACAUACUAGUUUACCACAUUUAGCUGUAUCGAAUAGUACCCCACCACCCGCGACAUCACCGAUAUCAAUUAAGGUGAAAUCCGAACCAGUGUCACCGCCCAGAGAUUUAUCUUCGGGCCAGGGUGGUCAUUCAUCCAGUCAGCACCAGCAACAUCAGCAGCAGCAGCAACAACAACAUCAGCAGCAUUCUAGUUCACACCUGGGUCAGUCGCCCAGUGGUGCCAUCUCUAUUACAACUAUGAAUACAGCAGCUGUGAUAGCUGGCGGAGGAGGGGGAGGUGGCGGCGGAGGGGGCUCGAAUUCUAAUAGUAGCGGCGGCCAUAACUCGUCGGCGACAAAUUUAAGUGUUCUAAGUCAUCCACAGCAGCAUCUGGUCAUGUCAACGUCCAGACCUUCGUCCACGGGUCAUCUCACACCUACACCAGUUCUAGACAAAUAUGAUGGCUAUUGUCGCUCCCAACUGGGUCCUAGUUCUAGAUUUUGGAAUUUUGCCGAUUUUCUAAUCUUCACCACAGGUUCUGUGACCCCGACAAAUGCUCCGUCGCCAGAUCUGCGCAUGAGCAGCCAACUAUCUGACUAUGAUUCCCCCAAUCAGCCCCACAAACGACCACGCAUCUCUGAAGGAUGGUCAACAUAGCCGUCAAAUAGAUUUAGCAGCAGUAGCGGCGGUGGUAGUGGCGGCAGCAAUAGCAAUAGCAACAGCAGCCAGCAGCAGCAACAACAAGCUGCUGCUGCUCUAAAUUCAGCGUUACAAGGAAACUUCUCAAGCUAUUCUAAUCAAUAUCAUGGAUUGAGUCCAUAUCAACCCCAGAUAAUGCUGCCGCAAAAGCGAUCGCAUAGCAAUUCAGAUGCAAAUUACUCGAACCACAUUCACCAGCAGCAGCAACAAUUACAACAACAACAUCAGCAGCAGCAGCAACAACAACAACAACAACACCUCCUCCAUAAUCACCAUCAACAGCAACAACAACAGCAACAACAUUUGCAGCAGCAUCACAAUGGAAGUAACCAUAAUUCUAGCACCCCUACCAGCAACGGUGUGAUUGUUUCAAAAUAGCAUAGAAUUACAACAAAACAAAAGUCAUAUUUUUAAUUAAAAAUAAAAACAAAAAAUAAAUAAAUAAAAAAAAUAUUUUGUACACCUCUUACAAACAAACCCAGAUAAGAAAUAGAUAAAUAAAAUGUUAAAGUUAAAAAAGAAUAUAUAUAAAUAUAUAUAAAAAAAUGUAUAUUUUGACAUUCGAAAAUCAAUUAUUAUAUAUACAUACAAACAAAAAACAAAAAAAUAUUAUAUAUUUCUAAAAUGAAAUUAAAAAACAAAACAAAAAAAAAACAAAAAAACAAAAUCAAUCGUGUCAUAUCUAUUUAAUGUUAAAGUUAAAUAUUAAAAAUAUAUUUAUAUAUAUAUUGAUAGUUAUUAAAUAAAAAUUAAGUCUUAAGUUUAAAAAAUUAAAAGAAUGUUUUAGGUUAAAAAUUAAAAAUAAAAAAAAAACAGAACUGUAAAUAAUUAAAACAUACAACAAAAAAAAACAAGCAGUGAAAUUUGUAUUUAAGUUUUUAUUUGUUCUUAUUUUAUUCGAAAAAAAUAAAACUGUGCAAUGAAAUAAUUUUUGUUUUUUAACCAAAAUUCAAUUGUAAAUAUUAGAAAAACAAAAAAAAAAUUAAAAUCCGUCAACCAGAUAUAUUUUUAAUUACAUUUUUUUUUGUUUAUUUUUAAGGACUUGAGACUUGUUAAUGGAAUUAAAUAUUAUCAAUAAGAAAAAUGAAUGCACAAGAACUUUUUAGUAAGAAGAAACAACAAAUAAAAUAAAAUUUUACUUUAAAUUUGAAAAUGAUUUAUAGAUUAACAGCCUAAAUUGAAUUUUCUGUUGUUUUGGUGAUGAACUUUGGGUAGCAAUGAGUUAGAUUUUUGGCUUCCAUUUAUUUACAAAAUUGUACAGUUUGGUUUAAAGGAGUAUUUGGUUGGGACUUUUUUUGAUACGACGAAUCAUAUCAUAGAUUACUGAAUUAAGUAUUUCAGAAUUUGAAUAACUUCAAUAGAAAAAAACAAACACCACAUUAACUGUUAUUGCCAAUCGGCUGGUGAAAUUUUUGUUACAUUUCGGAUGGCCAACUUUGUAAAUGUGAAGGUCCGUAGAUGGUUAAAAAAAAAAUCAAGAAAUUUCAUUAAUUUUUUUU